AAGGCGCAGGUUCCUUCUCACAGCUUCGGGAAGAUUUGGAGAGGUUCUUGCUUCAACAGUGAUUGAACGGAACUUCGAUCUCGCUGGAAAAUCUCUUCGAAAACAUCUUACUUCGUAUUUAUAAUUUUUUACCAACAUUUUGAUAAUAAAACGACAAAAAAUCCGCCGAAAUGGAUUCUCAGAUUCGCCAGAACUACGACCGCGACUGCGAGGCUUUGAUCAACAAGAUGAUCAACUUGGAGCUUUACGCUGGAUACACCUACACCUCCAUGGCUCACUACUUCAAACGGGAUGAUGUCGCUCUUCCUGGGUUUGCCAAGUUCUUCAAGGAGAACAGCGAGGAGGAGCGCGAGCAUGCUGAGAAGUUCAUGGAGUUCCAGAACAAGAGGGGGGGACGCAUUGUGCUUCAGGACGUGAAGAAACCUGAUCGAGAUGUGUGGGACAAUGGACUGACCGCUAUGCAGUGCGCUCUUCAGCUGGAGAAGAACGUCAACCAGGCUCUGCUGGAUCUGCAUAAGGUCGCCUCUGAGAAGGGAGACCCUCAUCUGUGUGACUUCCUGGAGACUCACUACCUGAAUGAGCAGGUUGAGGCCAUCAAGAAAGUUGGUGACCACAUCACCAACCUUUCCAAGAUGGAUGCUGGCAACAACAGGAUGGCGGAGUACCUGUUUGACAAGCACACCCUGGAUGGAAACAGCAGCUAAAUGCAGCCUUCAGAUCAAAGCCUCCAACUAUACUGUAUGCAUAAAUAAUCAAGCAAUGUUGUCAUGCAGCUCUAAUGCAAGUUUUUAGACUGAGAGGCUAAAGGUUAACAUUUAGAGGCUACAUCUAUAAGAUACUGGCUCUUUUGAUUGGUCGUCUUGUGAUUUUUAGUCAUCAAGCUGAUGCUUUUGUGUUUAAUGUACACUAAUUGGUUUUAACCAAGUGAAUUGGAUGAAUAAACAUUUUUGGCUGGA